CUGUAAUAGAGCAUGCGCAGUUAUGUUCAAAAUGUCGACCCAUGUGUGGAGCGUAAUGUAGUUGUUGCUGACAUGUAGCGUAAUGUAAAUGUAAUAUAUAACUUUAAUCCACUGCAGAAACGGAUUAGUAGCGUGGUUUGUGUCCACUGGUACCAACAUGGCGUCUCAAAAUCCCAUAGGACCUGCUUUGCCGCCAAGCUUUAAACAAGCAGCCGAUUCUGAUGAUGAACGUGAAUUUGCCGGUCCCGCAUUGCCUCCCGGUUACAAACGAGAGGAACCGUCGAGUUCGUCGGAUGAAAGUGAUGAAGUAGUCGUCAAAAGAGUCAAGAAAAAGCAUACGUCUGACAACCACCAUGCAGAGUUGAUAAACACAAACGAUGAAGACGAUGACGGGUUCUUUGGACCAGCAUUACCACCAGGUUUUAGCAAAAAACAGAGUUCACCAGAGAGGCCACCUGUGCUGGGACCAGCUUUGCCCCCCGGGUUUCGCCGUGCAAUGGAUGAUACAAAUAAUGAUGAUGGUGAUGAAGAGGGUGUCCCGGGACCUGCCUUACCCCCAGGAUACCAGGCUGACUCCUACAGUAGUGAGGGAGAGGAUGAAGAUAUUAUCGGACCCAUGCCAUCCAGUUGUCCAGCUCCAAAUACAGUGGCUUUUGACAUUGAACGCAGAGCACAGAUGAUGAAAGACAAACUGACUAAAGUUGAGGCUCCUGAGGUGCCAUGUCGAGAGACCUGGAUGACAGAGCUUCCACCAGAACUACAACACAUUGGCUUAGGGGCUCGCACUUUCAAGAAAAGGUCUGGUCCGGAGAAGGGUGACCGUUCUGUUUGGACAGAUACACCUGCAGACACAGAGCGCAAGGCCAGGGAGCGUCUUGAGAAGAAGAAAAAGGGCGAGCCUAUAAAAGAUUCUGUCCAACAAAUCUCGCAGAAGGAUUUGGAAAUGGCAGAAAAGGUGUCCAAGUACAAUAAAACGAAACGCUCGGAAUCUCUGAUGAGUUUGCAUACAAAGAACAUAAAGGAAAAGGCGAAGGACGUUGGAAACAAGCCGGUGGAAAGAAGAGCCUUUGACCGGGAAACUGACCUGAAGGUCAAUCACUUCGACGAUGUGCAGAAGCAGCGUCUGCUGAAGAAGUCUCAGGAACUGAACACACGCUUUUCCCACAGCAACGAUAGGAUGUUUUUGUAAUGAGAGCAUUACAGUAAGUUACAUGUUGUUUAGAAAACAAUAAAUGUAAAUGGCUAAUUGUUCAUAUUAUUUGAAAGAUAAUGGCCAAGAGUAGGUGGAGUUUCCAUUGUUUUCCAGGAUAUAUUACUAUUAGUGGACUGUAGUUGGUUUAUCUAAAAUAAUAAGUCUAAAUAUAACAUCCUAUUCUGAUAGUACGAAGGUGGAAAGUGGAAACCCUUUAAAUGUAUUUUUAAAAUUGGUGGAAACACUUGUAAAUGUAGUUUAUAAUCGCCCUGGUGUCAUUAAAAGUAGAUUGUAAACAUUUUUCCUUUGUAUUGUAAAAUAUUAAUGGUAAACAAAUUCUAAACAUCUUUUGUAUUAUUGUUUUGGUUUUUUUUUGUUUUGUUUUCGUGGUCUGUACAGUUGUAUCAAAGAGAUUACUGAAGUGUGCUAAGAUGAAUUUAUUGAAGGGCUAGGGAGUGGGAAAGCGGUCAUGGAAUGUAGCACACCAAAUAACUACAACUACAAUUGAGCAAUAUAAAAGUGGGAAACUACU